GACAAGAGGAGGAAGGAAGAGGAGAAAUGCGGAGAAGGAGGGGGAGGAGGGAGGAAGAUGGUAGAGGAGGGAGGGGGAGGAGGAAGGAAGAGGGUAGAGGAAGGAGGGGGAGGAGGGAGGAAGAAGGUAGAGGAGGGAGGGGGAGGAGGGAGGAAGAGGGUAGAGGAGGGAGAGGGAGGGAAGAGGAGGAUAACGACAAGAGGAGGAAGGAAGAGGAGAAAUGCGGAGAAGGAGGGCGAGGAGGGAGGAAGAGGGUAGAGGAGGGAGAGGGAGGGAAGAGGAGGAGGAUAACGACGAAGAUGACAAGUUCGACGGUGACGAUGAUGAGGAAGACAAAUCCGAGAUUGAACUGCUUUUCUGCAUCUCUUCCUACGACACGUCCAGAGGUGCAGAAAUUCGAGAUUGAACUGCUUUUCUGCAUCUCCUCCUACAACACGUCCAGAUUCAGGAGCUCAAUCCAAUCCUCUUUGCUAAUGAGACCUCGCCCCAGAAUGGAGUCAUCGGAAUUACCUGAGGUCGGUGUGUUCAAUGAUGAUAUCUCAAGAGGCGGAGAAUUCUAUCUGAUCUCCAAACCAACUACUCGACUUAUCACUGCGGAUGCUGCACGGUACCUCUGGAAACCAGGGGAGCUGCAAGGGGGAGGCUUUAUCAGUAAAUGUGCAUGGAGUAAAGUCACCUCCUCCAAGGCGGAAGGAGGUUUGGGCAUUGUCGACCCAGCUACCCAGAAUGUUGCGCUGUUGGGCAAAUGGCUCCAGAAGGCGGUCACUCAGGUGGAGAGAAGGGCCUGGAUUGUCAUGUUGGAGUACAUCCUACAGCGCGAGUUUGCAUUGGCACGGGCUGAGGACUUGUGGCAUUGUGUCUUCAUGGCCUCCUUCUCUCGAAGGCAGCCUCCAUCCAUCUUGGAUGCAGCCUGCUGGACAGCCUGGAGAGCUCUACAACCACAAGUAAUGAAAGAGCCAGUCACUAGGGAAGAGGUACUGCGCCAACCCCUAUUCGACAAUCCAGCCAUCUUGAAUCCACAGGGCCAUCAGUUUGCUGCGACCGCAUCACCAGGAGACUUUGGCAGGAGGUGGGUGGAACUAGGAGUCACAACUAUUGCGGACAUCUGGCAGGAGGAUACCAAGUCCUGGACAACUGCGGAACAGCUUCAGGGCAAACUCAGACAUCUCCCAAGAACAAGAGACAGGCUCCAGCAGCUACAUUCAGCUAUCCCAGCACAAUGGCAAUCUCUGCUCCGGUCUUCGGACCCUGUGGAAGGUGAAUGGUACCUUGACUCUCAAGUACCAGGAAGGGAGACAGUCUUCCGAAUCAUGGACCUGCUGGACAAGGAUGUAUGGUUAGCACAGGAAUGGGAGUGGGUGAGUCGUCGUAAUGUGGGCGCCAUGGCCGUCCUUGACACGACUUCUCUAUUGCCAGUGCGCGAUAGCGAAUUGGCAAUGUCCAUGACGAUGCUGUGCGGCGUCAUCUUCCACAACCUUUCCAUGUUGUCCACGUUGGCGGCCGGUGUAGAGGAUCGCAUGCGAGGCAGGAGGAGACUAUGGGUGCUUGAAAGGAGCGGCGGUGUGUGGGAGGACCUGCAGCGCGAAGGGGAGCGACAUGAGGAGGUGUUCAGGAGAUUCUGCAGGCUGCCGCGUCCUGUGUUCAACGACAUUCUGCAGCGUAUCGGACCCCAUAUACAGCGAGCAACGACGAAUUGGAGGCAGCCGUUGCCAACGGAGCAGAAGUUUGCUUGCGCGCUUAUCAGGUGGGCAACAGGAGGGUCUUACAGACAGUCCGGUCAUGGUCUGGGUAUGGGACUCGCGAGCGCCCUGCGCAACAACAAGGACGUCGCUGGGGCGAUGAUCAGGGAGUACGGACAUGUCUUGUCUUUUCCGGAGGGGCGUCGCUUACGAGAGGUCAUGGACGCCUUCGAACGCAAGGGUUUCCCUGGCUGUGUGGGUGCAGUCGAUUGCACACAUCUGUACAUAGAGAAGCCGCGGAAUGAACACGCUGCAUGCUACUACGACCGGACAGGGCAGUUCUCAAUUAUCGCGCAGGUUGUCUGCGAUCACGAGUGCCGUAUUCUUGACGUGUUUGUGGGUUGUCCCGGAUCGUGCCAUGACAUUCGAGUCCUCAAACAUUUCGACUCUCACCACCGACUACGACAAAGGGGUGGGUGUUCUGCAAGGCGAGCCAGCAACGCUUCGAGACGGGAGCAGCAUUGACCGUUUUUUGUUGGGUGACGCAGGUUAUCCGUUGUUGUCUUGGCUCAUGACCCCACAUCCU